AUGCUAGAAGCUAAUUCUUCUGCUACUCCCAUGUCUACAAGCUCCAAGUUAUUUUCAGGUGAUAGUGAACUAUUUUCUGAUCCUAGUUUUUUCAGAAGUACGGUAGGGGCUUUACAAUACCUUACCUUGACAAGGCCUGAUCUCAGCUUUACUGUAAAUAAACUGAGUCAAUUUCUUCAAGCACCAACUGCCCUUCAUUGGCAAGUAUGUAAAAGGGUCUUGAGAUACAUUCAAGGGACUAAGGAUCAUGGUCUAAAAUUCACACCAGCAGCCUUUUUAGACAUUGAGUGUUAUGCUGAUGCUGACUGGGGCAGUAAUAUAGAAGACAGGAGAUCCACCAGUGGCUAUUGUGUCUUCCUUGGACCAAAUUUAAUUCAAUGGAGCUCUAGGAAACAAAAGGUAGUAGCUCUAUCAUCUACUGAAGCUGAAUAUAGAGCUCUGGCUCACACAACCACUGAAAUAGCUUGGUUAAAUAGUAUAUUUGCUGAAUUAGGAUUGUCAAUGACAAAAAUUCCUGUGAUAUGGUAUGACAAUGUGAGUGCUGGAGCUUUGGCUUCUAACCCUGUUUUUCAUGCCAGAACCAAACACAUAGAAAUUGACACUCACUACAUUAGAGAACAAGUUCUAGCUCACAAGAUUGUUGUUCAAUAUGUACCAUCCAAAUUACAAAUUGCUGACAUUUUAAAAAAGGCACUUCCUGCUGCACAGUUUGAAGAAUUAAAAGUAAAACUGAAUGUUGUUCCUUGUUGCUUUACUGCAAUUUGA